AUGGUAGCACUAUUCGAUGACAUGAUGCAUAAAGAAAUUGAAGUUUAUGUAAAUGAUAUGGUAGCUAAAUCAGCAGAGAAUGAGAGUCAUGUUAAAGUCCUUAGAAAGCUAUUCGCGAGAUUACGCGAAUAUCGGCUAAGAUUGAAUCCUAAUAAAUGCAUCUUUGGAGCUCUUUUUGGGAAGUUAUUGGUGUUCAUUGUGAGUCGUAAAGGGAUAGAAGUAGAUCCAGAUAAAGUUAUUGGGGUUCAUUCUACUUGUGAACCAAUGUUUAAGCUAUUAAAGAAAAAUUGCAAGGAGACAUGGGAUGAUGAUUAUCGAAAGGCCUUUGAUAAAAUCAAAGAUUAUUUGUUAAAUCCCCUAAUUUUGGUUCCUCAAUCACCAGAACGUCCACUAAUCCUCUACUUGGCAACUUUACCUCGCUCAAUAGGGGCAAUACUAGGUCAACGUAAUGAUUUUGGAAAGAAGGAAAAAGCAAUUUAUUUCUCAAGCAACAAGUUCAAUGAUUGUGAAGCUCAUUAUCUCAUGAUUGAGCAAAUUUGUUGUGGACUAGUAUGGGCAACUAGAAGGCUAAGGCAAUACAUGCUUUACUAUACUACCAGGCUAAUAACACGAGUGGACCCACUCAAGUACAUCUUUGAGAGCCCACACAUUGCAGGUAGAGUAUUGAAAUGGAAAGUUGUACUAUCUAAAUAUGAUAUAAAGCAUGUGAUGCAAAAGUCAGUCAAAGGUAGUGCGAUAGUGGAUCACUUGGUCGAUAGGGAUGACCAGCCAUUAGAUUUUCAAUUUCCUGAUGAAGGCAUAUGUACUACAAAAGAAGGUUGUGAUGAAGGAAAUGAUGAAGAGCAAGAAUGGGAAAUGUAUUUUGAUGGCGCCGCCAACAUACAUGGAAAUGGGGUGGGAGCAGUAAUUGUUUCACUAGAAGGAAAACAAUUUCUAGUGGCCAUUAAAUUAGAAUUUGAUUGUACUAACAAUAUAGUAGAAUAUGAAGCUUGUGUUAAUGGUGUUCGAGCAGCUAUUACCCUUGAUUUGAUUAAGCAAUUUGAGGUUGUUAGCUUUCAUCACUUAACUCGAGAUAAAAAUCGUUUCGCUGAUGCUUUAGCCACUUUAGCAGCAAUAAUUCAACUUGAUUGUGGAGACCAUGUCCAACCCAUUCAAGUAGAAGCUAGAAGCUUUCCAGCAUACUGUUUGAAUGUUGAAGGAGAUCAAGAAGAACAUCCUUGGUUCCAAGAUAUUAAGGACUUUAUCACUAAGAGAUCAUACCCAACCAGAAUGACUAAGAAUGAAAAGAAAACCCCUCAUCGUUUAGCUAUGACAUUCUUUAUCAGUAAAGAUGUUCCGUACAAGAGGGGUUAA